UUUUAAGCUUCUUCUGGUUUUACGGAUUUGCGUCUAAUAUGUUUUGUGCUUAAUCAUAAUUCCCUGCGCUAUAAUUUACAGCGUCUACUAUGAGUUCAUCUGAUUGCCUAAAUCGCUUACUCAGUAAUGGUCCCCUGAUUUUGGAUGGUGGACUUGCAACUGAACUAGAGGCGCAAGGAGCUAAACUACAGGGGGAUCCUUUAUGGAGCGCUAGGCUUUUGCACACUAAUCCCCAGGCCAUAAAAGAGGCUCAUUACAGGUUUCUCCUCGGUGGGGCUGAUGUCACCACAACUGCAACGUACCAGGCGAGCAUCCAGGGAUUCAUGGACCACCUGGACGUGAGCUCUGAGCGGGCCAGAGAGCUGCUGAUGUCUGGAGUUCAGGUGGCUAAAGAGACGGUGGAGACCUUUGCCCCUGGGGAGAGAAAUCUGUUGGUGGCGGGCUCAGUUGGACCGUAUGGGGCCUUCCUCCAUGAUGGAUCAGAGUUCACCGGAGCUUAUGCCCAGAAGAAAAGCGUUGAAGAGCUCAGACUGUGGCAUAAGGCACAGGUGGACUGUUUAGUAGCAGCAGGAGCUGACCUCAUUGCUUUUGAGACCAUCCCGAGUAUCAAAGAGGCCCAGGCUAUAGUGGAGCUGCUGAAAGAAUACCCGGAUUGUAGAGCCUGGCUGGCGUUCUCCUGUAAGGAUGUGAAGCACAUUUCAGAUGGCAGCCUGUUCAGAGACGCCGUGGAGAUGGCCUGCAGAUCACCUCAAAUGUUUGCUGUGGGAGUCAACUGCUGCCAUCCAGCUGUGGUGGAGCCGCUGUUGGACUCUGGCAGGGAGGCACUGGGCGCCAACAUGAGCUGGGUGGUGUACCCAAACAGCGGGGAGACGUGGGACUCUAAGAACGGAUGGCAGAAAUCAGAGCAGACUGCAGGGUGGAUGCCUGAGCUGAGUCACACCUGGCUGAAGCAGGGUGCUGCUCUGUUAGGUGGCUGCUGCCGUAUCAGUCCUGCUCACAUCACAGCAUUGAGGCUGCAGUUGAAAAGAAGCAGCACAUCUUCAUCAGAUUAACUUUACAUAAAGUUAAAUAAAACCAACCAGUUUAUUAUUCUUCCUGCUGCAGAAUGUUGUUCUAAACCCCACAGAGGAUCUGUAAGGUGUCUCCGAUCUUUCUUCUGAAUAGAUCAGAUCACAGAAAUGUCCUGUUCAAUCGAAUGGUUUUAUGGAUCUGCCAUGAAGACCACUUGAAGCUCUAGAAAAUAAAGGCUUAAAACUCU